AAAAAAAUGGAAACUCCGAUAGUGCGAUUGUCGGAGGAGGAACUCGAGAGGGUCUACGAGCCUGCAGAGGACUCGUACUUGUUGAUAGACGCUCUGGAGCUGGAUUUGGAGAAAUUGAAGUUGAGCAAGCCGAGUUUGUGUCUGGAGAUCGGGAGUGGUUCCGGAAUAGUUUCAACAGCAUUGGCACUAGCCGCAGCGAAAUCAUGGCCCUCGUACUUUGUGGCGAUCGACCUGAAUCCCGAAGCAUGCAAAAUAACUAAAAGAACUGGAAGAGAAAAUAAUAUCGACCUCGAAGUCGUUCGAAUGGAUUUGGCGAGUGCUCUUUCCAAGCGUCACACGUUCGACCUCAUAAUAUUCAAUCCACCGUACGUGGUGACGGAGUCUCGAGAGAUCGAGGACGUUGAAAUGAUCACGAGAGCUUGGGCAGGUGGGAAAAAAGGUCGAGAAGUCAUGGAUCGAUUGUUUGCCAAUAUUCCUCAAUUGCUUACCGAUCACGGGCUAUUUUACUUGCUGGUUUUACGAGAAAACGAACCGAACGAAAUAAUCACUAUUUUCGAAGCUUUUCAAAUGUCCGGAGAGAUAAUCGUCGAGAGAAAAAUCCGAGGUGAACACCUGUACGUAAUUCGCUUCACGAAGGUACCGCUCGAAGCUGAAAGCUCGUUAUAACCAACGCCUUCGUUUGUCUAAGUCAUUUUCAUUAUAAAUUCAUGAUAAAUAUUAAAUAUAUAUUCGUAAAUACGUAAAUAUACUGCAAAUAUAAUAAUAAUAAAAAAAAAGAUAAAUCUUCGUUCAGAAUGUUUCAUUCGCCCUCCUGAACGUGCAAAUUAUGAGAUUACAGCUUUCAAUGUAAAUUGAGAAAAGUCUUUCGACACUGAUCUCGAUGGUGCUGAGUGCUGACAUAUUUUAGGCUCACAGCUCGUGAGACUGUUCCAUGUGCUGGUCUAAUGCUGUAUAAAUAUCUUCGUAAAUACUGUAUGAAAAAAUUGAUGAUAUAUUCUCGUAUUAUCUAAUAAAUUGAUCGAUCAUCAUUCAUCGAUA